UCUCUCGCCUCACGCCCGAUCUCUCCUGCGGCCUGCCGCUCUCGUCUCCCUCGGUCUCUCCUUCUGACCCCAAUCCCCAAUCCCCAAACCCUAGGGAAGCCAGCGGGCGGGCGCCGGCGGCCGACAAGCAGGCGCAACGGAGCGACGGUGAGACCGCGCGGCAAAGGCCCAUCGCGACGCCGCGACAUGUCGACGGCGUCGAGCCGGCGACCGCGCGGCCAACGCCUAGCGUGCGAGCACCGCAGGGCGCCAGCGGUCAGCAGAGGAGGCGGGCAGCAUCCCGCUUCCCGGCCUUCCCGCGUACUCGCCAGCUAGACGGUGUCUAGGGUAGAAUCCCCAUGACCGACGCUGAGCCACCUCCUACAGUGGGGGUGGAGGAGGCCUUGCCGACCACCCCAGAUAUUGCGCUAGACGGUGACGGUGAGGGCUACAAAUUUGCUGAGGCUAUUGAGGGUGAGAAGGAUGGCGGAGCUCCUUAUGGUGAAGGUGGCAAGGUGGAGGAGGGUUCAAAGUCCUGUGGUGAUGAUGUCGUGGCAGAUGAACUCUUGGGGAUUGAGGAAGACCCCAAUCUGACCGAUGUUGAUGAGACUGACGAACAAGAGGAGGAUGCUGGUGCAGAGGUGCAAACGAGUGACGUUGCUGCUGCUGUGGAUGUUCUUGCAGAGGUGGGUGCUGCUGUGGCAUCCUCAACAUUGGUGGAUGCUCCCACAGAGGUUGGUAUGCAAACCAACGAGGUUACUGCUGUGGAUGAUCUCACAGAGGUGGGUGCUGCCCUGGUAUCAUCUACAUCGAUGGAUGAUCCCACAGAGGUGAGUACUUCCCUGGUCAAUGAAGACUGCAAUAUAGUUUCCACCGGAGGUGUGCAUAGGUUGGAUGACCAGACUGAUAAGGAGGUUGAUGGUGACUCCCUUGAUGCUGAUGAGGCUGCUCCCUUGGAUCAUAUGAGGCCGCAGAUGGAUGUGGCUGCAGCUCUGUUAAAUGAGGUGGAAACAGAGAUUGUGAAAGCUGGAGACCCUGUUGCAGAGGCGAUCACAAAUAUGGAUAUGCAGGUCCAAACUGGAGAUGACAGUGAGGCGGAAGGUGUUGGCACUAUUGCUGACGCUGCUACAACAGAUGAGGAGAGCAAGCAUAUGGGUGCAGUUACCACGACCACAGAUGACAGCAAGAAACAUAAUGGGACAGUGGGUGAUGAUGCAUCCAAUGAGGGGAUACAGAUGGAUAGAGAUGGGCUAACUGGAGAUGAUAGUGAGCUAAAGGAGAUUGCAACAGCUGAUGAAGAUCACGUGGAAGAGGAAGGCAUGCAGAUGGGUGCAAUAAACAUUACUGGAGACAUGGACAAGGAAGGCAGAAUUGUUGUUGAAAACAUUGCAGAUGAAGCUGUAGAUGGUGUGGCUGUCCCUGAAGAAAAGGCUGUGCAGACGGAUGAGGCUGGUGAUGAUAUCCCUGAAGAAGAGGAUGUGCAAAUGGGGGGAGUUGGCUUGACAGGCAAUGAUAAUGAACAGGAAGAGGCUGUGACAGCUGAUCAUGGAGUGGAAGAAGAUGCUAUGCUGAUGGAUGCAGUUGCCAAUGAUGAUGAUGAAGAUAACGAAAUUGUUGGUGAAGAUGUUGCAGAAGAAGCUGUCACUGGCACAGUUGGUGACGAUGCCCCUGAAGAAGAGGCUGUGCAUAUGGACGAUGACGACGACGAUGACGAGCCUCCUCCUUUAAUUGCAAAGAAAGGUGGAGGGCGUCGAAAGAGAGGUCGUCCAUCUUCCAAGGCCCAGGCUGUGGUGAAGCCAUCUGUAAAGAGGAAGGAUGAGGAGGAGGUUUGCUUCAUUUGCUUUGAUGGUGGUGAUCUUGUGAUCUGUGAUCGUAGGGGCUGCCCUAAAGCUUAUCAUCCUUCGUGUGUUAAUCGGGAUGAUGAUUUCUUCAAGUCAAAGGGUCGGUGGAAUUGUGGGUGGCACAUCUGUAGCAACUGUCAGAAACCUGCACGCCAUAUGUGUUACACAUGCACCUAUUCAUUAUGCAAGGCUUGCAUGAAAGAUGCAAAGUUCAGCUGUGUCAGAGGAAACAAGGGCUUUUGUGAGACAUGCAUGAACACCGUGAUGUUGAUCGAAAAUAGAGAGGAGGCAACUGACCAAAUGGAUGUGGAUUUUGAUGACAAAAGCAGCUGGUGGUAUUUGUUCAAGGAUUAUUGGUUAAAUUUGAAGACAAACUUGUCAUUGACAGUUGAGGAAAUAUCAGCAGCCAAAUAUCAAAAGAGUGGUGAACUACCUGAUACUAAUGAUGAAGAGGCUAAUUCUGAAAGUUCAUUGGGGCGACAUCUAGAGAACAAUACACCAAAAAAGAGGGGAAGGAAACGAUCGAAGGAAGCUGCCAUUGAGGAUGGUUCUGAAAGAAAAGAGAGCACUGGAAAGUCUACCAAACAAGGCCUGUCAAGCAUCCCUGAUGCUCAGACUUCUUCAGGGAAAAAGGUUAGAAAAUUAUCCAAGCGUUCUUUGAGCAGGCAGCAUUCAUCAAAAGAAUCUGAAAGUGUUGGGACGUCUACAUCCUCAGCUGAAGAGGCCAGCUGGGCUUCUGAGGAGCUCUUAAACUUUGUAGCUCAUAUGAGAAAUGGUGACAAAUCUGUGAUCAGCCAGUUUGACGUUCAACCCCUUUUACUUGACUAUAUCAAGCGCAACAAUUUGCGUGAUCCUCGUCGAAAAAGCCAGAUAAUUUGUGAUUCUUUGCUCCAAAGCCUCUUUGGCAAAAAACGAGUUGGGCAUUUUGAGAUGCUUAAGCUUCUUGAAUCACAUUUUCCCAUGAGUGAGGUUUCACCAUCAGCCGAUGAAAAUCAUGGUGGUGUAGUAGACCCUGAUCCUAGUCAGGAUGCUGAUGGUAACAGUGAAGCUUCAGUUGUUAUGAGUUCAGAAAAAAGAAGAAAAUCACGCAAGUAUGACCAGAGACGUCAGCCUAAUCUUGAUGACUAUGCAGCAAUAGAUAACCAUAACAUUGGAUUGAUGUACCUGCGUCGCAACCUAAUGGAAGAGUUGAUUGGUGAUGUUGAUACAUUUGAUGAGAAAGUUGUUGGAUCAUUUGUGAGAAUAAGAAUACCUGGUACUGGGCAAAGGCAGGACAUUUAUCGACUUGUACAAAUUGUUGGCACUGGAAGAGCUGCGGAAAAAUAUAAAUCUGGGAAAAAGACUACUGAUAUAACGCUGGAGAUUCUGAACUUAGACAAGCGGGAGGCAGUAACUAUUGACAUAAUCUCGAACCAGGAGUUCACUGAGGAGGAGUGCAAACGUUUGCGUCAAAGCAUAAAGUAUGGAUUCAUCCCAAGGCUGACAGUGGGAGAGGUUCAGGAGAAGGCAAGGGUUCUCCAGACCCUAAAAGUCAAUGAUUGGAUUGAAAGUGAAAAGAUGCGACUUGGGCACCUUCGUGACCGCGCGAGUGAUAUGGGCCAUAGAAAAGAGCUUAGGGAAUGUGUAGAGAAGCUGAAGCUGCUAAGCACUCCAGAGGAGCGUGCUCGUAGGCUAAAUGAAGAACCUGAAAUACAUGCUGACCCUGCGAUGGAUCCAGAUUAUGAAUCUCCAGAGGAACAGGAGCAGGAAACUGAAAGAAGUAGCUUCAAUAAGUCAAGAGGUUCUUUCUUGAGGAAAGACGGUAAUCUUGUGUCUCCUGUUAAAGGAGAUGGUAGAAACCCUUUACAGCGAGAUUCAAAAACUAACUGGGAAUCUAACCGAAACACAUGGGCUGAAUCAAGUCCGCAUAUGGAAUCGCCCCUUUCACGGAGAUCCACCUUUUCUUCUCCAGGUGAUAGUGCUGGUUAUACAAGUAAAUCAGAAAGUCCAAACAUUGGUGCGCAAACAGUUAAACUGGAAGGUACCACACACAGUGCUUCACAAGGGCCAUCUGGUGUCUCAUCUGGAAUUUUGGCUGCUAACGUAGGUUCAGGGGCAAAAACUGCAUCACAAUCAGCCAUUAAUGAGUCUGAGAAGAUCUGGCAGUACAUGGAUCCUUCUAACAAAAUCCAAGGCCCUUUCUCAAUCGUACAGUUGCGGAAAUGGAACAGCAAUGGGUACUUCCCUCCUAGUUUGAAAAUAUGGAAAGCUAGUGAGAAGCAGGACGAUUCAAUACUAUUGACUGAUGCUUUGGCGGGGAAGUUUGAGAAAGACCUUCCUCCAUGGGAACCACCACAUGUUAGUGCAUCUCAAAUUGACAAAACCCCUCUUCUUGAGGAAAGCACAAUAGCUGGUGAACAAACUCCAAAAUCAGUAGUUCCAAAGUCUUUCUCAAGUAGUGAUCAAAGGCCUGAUUAUAGUUCAACGAACCUUGGAGCAUCCAUGAUGCACUCUGGCGCUCAAGGUUAUUAUGGAGUGCAAAAUUCCCAUGCAGGAUACACAAACCAACAAUCUCUUACUGGAAGUUGGAAUGCCGCCUCUAACCAGUUUGGGGUUGCAGUAAAUCCGAUGACACCUACCCAGCCUGCCAUGGGAAGCUUUUCGGGUCAAAAUAUUGUGGCUGCAGGAAAUAUGGUUCAUUUAACUCCUGGAAUGACUCCUGCAACUGCAAAUGCAGAAUUAACCUCAGAUUUACCCUCCCAGAACCAAGUACCAUCUGCUUUGCCACAGAUGGAUGACAGAUUAGCAGAUGGAGAAAAUUCUUCACAUGGACGAGUGUGCUCUUCGGCUGAAGGCACAAGGAACCAGAUGUCAACACCAUCUGCUGCAUCAGUACAGCCUUCGGUGACAGCCAUCGCUGGCAGUGAUACUCAAAGCGGUGGGUGGACUGUACCUGCACAAGCGGCCAACACAUCUGGCCAAUCUCAGGUAGCUGGAAAUAUGACCUGGGGACCUGCACCUCAGGGUGAUGGAAGUAUGGGCUGGGGAAUGAUGGGACAGAGCAAUAUGAAUAUGCCCUGGGUAGCAUCAGCCCAAGGUGCUUCAGGCUACAACAUGGGGGUAACUAUGCCAACACAGCCAAAUGCAGUCCCGAACAUGGGUUGGUUACCAAAUCCCGGAAACGCCAGCAUGAACAUGAUCUGGGCGGCAACUCAAGGUCAGGGGACUACAAAUGCAGCUGCCAUGAUGGGAGGUCAGAUGCAAGGAGUUGCCAUGGCUCAAUGGGGUGGUGUUGCAGCAGGAAAUGCAAAUCCUUAUCCUGGCUGGGGAACCCAACAAGUUGGAAACAUGAACCAAAACGUCAAUUGGAGUGCUCCUGUGCAGGGAAAUCCGGGUCAGGCAAACAAUAGCAUGAAUUGGAAUGCGCCAAAUGGUAACCCUGAUUGGAAUAAUCAGCAGAGAGACAGUGGGGGCAGGCAGUCUGGAAACCGUGACUCAGGUGGAAGGCCAUGGAAGCGUGCUGGUGGCGAUGGAGGGUCAUGGGGAAAUAAAGCACCGGGAGUUUGCUGGUCUUUUGUUGACCGUGGCAAGUGCUGGAAAGGUGACUGCAGAUUCGUCCAUCCAACAAACACGGACGGAUAUUCGUCCAGGAAUGAUCGGCACUUUGAUAGGCAGCAUUCGGGCAAUGAGAGGCGACAUGACAAUCACAAUGAAGGAAAUGAUCGACAGUUUGACAGGCAGCCUUCGGACAAUGAGAGGCACCAUGAUAGGCCUGAUGGCAGGCACGAUGGCAGGGAUGACGAUAGGCAUGAUGACCGGCAGGCUGAUAGGUCUCAGUCAAGAGAGCCGCACUAGAACUGUUUUCUGUCCUUUUACCCUACAACUUUCUUCCGUUUUGUUGUAUGUGCAGUAGCAUACUAGCGUAGUAGCAUCCAUGCAUGCUUUGAACUCUAUGCGCUAUAGCGAGCUGCAUACAUGUGCAAAGAUCAUGUACAACAGUUGUAGUUUAAUGCUGUGGGCAUCUAGUUUCGAAUUUAAUAAUUUGUUCUAAUAAAUCGUCGUGUAUGAACUCUUAUGUACAGCUGGGGCUCCACAUCCCGGUUCUUCUCUAUGGUGGUGACUGCUGUGUGUUUUUAAGUAGUUAUUAUGAGAUUGUUAGCUUUACCGACAGGUGUUUUUGAAACGCUUGGGACAUA